AUGACGGAGGUCAACUAUCGUUACAUAGCGUUUGAAAAUGAUCAUACGUAUUUGAAAACUAAUAAUCCUAUAGAUGAAAAUAUUCAAUUAUUCCAGUCCAGUAUUUCUACGGUUGUUGAACCCAAAAAUAAUGCAGCUGUAUCAUCAAAAACUCCAUCAACUAGAAAACAACAAAAUAAAGUUUGUGCAAACAAAACUGAACUAUUACAGGUUAAUAUGGAUGUACAGAAAUCAAGAUUAUUUUUUAUCCAUAAUAAUUUAAAUUUUCCACCAUCUACAGACUUUAAGACAUCACAAAAUAUAUUACCUAUUCAACAAAUUAAUACUGGUAGCACUUCAAGUAUGAGACCUAUACAACCAAAACUAACUAAUACUUCAAAUAUUGUUCCCGUUACACAAACACCAUCAAAUGCACUACUUGUUCCAUCUCAAAUUAAUUUAAAAAAAACAAAAUUACAUAAUAAGACAUCAAAAAAUACACUUCUGAAACCUUCAUUGCCACCUACAUUGCCAUUGAUACCUCCGAUGAUUAAACCUUUUAUUAAGCCUAUUAAGUCAAUAAAAAACAAAAUUGUUUAUGAUUAUAAAAACAAUACAUGCACAAUUGAAUUAGCUACUAAUUUAUGCCAGCGUUUAUUGAGUGGAGAAAAUAUGUUCAUGUGUAGGAAAUGUGAUGAAGUUUACACAGAACAUAAAGAUUUGUUAGAUCACUAUAUGAUUCAUGAUAAAUGUGAAACAAACCUAAUAGUCGAAGAAAAAGAUAUAAGAGAAAACAUACCAAUCAAUAAUGUAAAGAAAGAAAAUAUAAAUUUUGGUAAAAAUAUUAUUAAUAGUGAUAAAAAUAAUGGCAAACAUACUAUACCAGUUAUUAAAACUACUUCAAACUCUAAAAAAAAUAAAGUUAUUUUUAAAGGAGAGUGCAUUAUGUGUCAUUCAGUAUUUCCUGAUCUCGGAGAACAUAUAAAAACUGUUCACCAAAAUGACUUGAUUAAGAAUAAAGUUAAUACUCACUGUUGUGCAAAGUGUGGAAUGGAGUUUGAUAUUAAACAACAACUACGGGCUCACGAAUUCUCUGCUCAUAAAGCUGAUUGCACAUAUACUUGUGAAUAUUGUCUUAUAUACUUCUUGUGUAAGGAUGACUUAGAAAAACAUGUUGAAUCACAUUAUAGUGACAUUAUGAAAUAUUUAUGUCCAUAUUGUGAUAUUGGUUUUCCUGAUUCAAAUGGAUUAAGAACUCAUCUCAUUAAUCAUAUUGGUUACGAUAGUCCUGAGUACUCAACUCCAGAAACACCUGUCUAUCAAAUUGAAUAUAGCGAUACAAAGCCACCCGAACAAUUUGAACAGCUAUUUUCUGGAUUAGAUAAUGUUUCGGAGGAUGUUGAUGAAGUCUAUAUAGAAGAAAUUGAUGAAGAUAAUUAUCAAGUCAGUUUUGUAGAGGACGGUGAAGACAAUGCAUCAUCUCAAGUAAACUUACUCAUUGAUGAUGACCUUACAAUUGAUGCAGAACUAAACAAUAUACCUUCAGAAGAUAGCAACAAAGUUAUUAUCAAUGACCACCAAACACCACUGUUGAAUAAAAAGCGAGUUAGUUAUACAGUAUGUAGAAUAUGCUUUAUUAUCGUAAGUUAUUCAAGAAUUGGUAGGCAUAUGAAGAAAAAACACAAUAAUGCUGCCCCCUACCAAUGUGAGAUAUGUCACGCUGAGUUUAAUCGAAAGCACAUUAUGGAUGACCAUAGAAGAAAACAUACAAACAAUAAACCUCACAAGUGCACAGAAUGUUCUAAAUGUUUUACCUACAAACACCACCUAAAUCGGCAUAUGAUGAUAGUUCACAAUUCUGGCACAUUAGAAAAACUAUUCAAAUGUUCUGUAUGUGACAAAGCAUUUUCAUUUAAGGAGUAUUUGACACUACAUAUGAAUAGCCGCCAUAAGGGUAAACAUUAUAUGUGCCAAGUUUGUGGCAAAAGUUUUUCUACCAAUGCUGCGUUGAAUAAACACCAGUUGUGUCAUACAGAAGAACGACCAUUCAUGUGUGAACAUUGUGGACGGACUUUCAAAUGUAAGACUCAUUGUGACACCCACACAAAAAAUAUGCAUCCUGGGGAUCCAGAACUAACAGCACCACCAGAAAAAUUUGAAUGUGAACUUUGUAAAAAACUAUUUAGCACAAAAGUAUACCGUGAUAUGCACCUUAAGCGACACAAAGGCCAAGGUCAUCAAUGUGAUUAUUGCUGCAAAAUUUUUGUUUCCAAAGCACAUAUGCAAAGACAUAUUAAAAUAAUGCAUCUAAAUACAUUGUGA